GUGCUCACAUACGUAGAGGUCUUCAAGAAAUCCAACAUGGACGCCGAGUCGUGUUGUCGUAACGCUAGGUUACAUUUGCUUCGACGUUUCACCGUUUGUCUCUGAACGCGGAUGACGUAAUUCGGCAUCAUGUUCUCAUGUUUUUUUUUAUAGUCAUUGGUAAAUAUGCUAUCCUUUUUUCGAAAGUUGUCAAUCGGGGGAAAGAUAAAGGAUGGUGUAUUGCCGGAGAGAAUGAUGGAAACGGCGGAGGACUUGUCGGUAGUGAGAGAUCAGAGCGCUCUGAUAUUAAAGACAGAUACAGAAUUGAAAGAAUCCGUUUACGAUCUCUUGAGGACAAUCAAAGAUCCGGAGAAACCACAAACCUUGGAACAAUUGGACGUUGUAUAUGAAGAAUGUGUCAAUAUUUGUCACUGUACACCCGGAGGAGUUUCCAUAAUUCGUGUGGAGUUUAAUCCUACGGUACCUCACUGCUCUUUGGCGACUCUUAUAGGACUGUGCAUCCGUAUCAAGUUGGAGCGUCAUUUGGCAUCAUUAUUUAAAUUAGAUAUCUAUAUCAAGGAGGGCGCGCAUUCCACCGAACAAGAAAUAAACAAGCAGAUUAAUGACAAGGAGCGUAUAGCAGCUGCAAUGGAAAAUCCAAGCUUACGGGAACUGGUGGAGAAGUGUAUUUUAGAGGAAGACUACUAGCCUUUUUACAAUGUGUUGUACGCUUUCAAGUGCGACUAUGUAAAUAAAUAUUGUAUGUGUAUAAUUAAAUACAACUUUUUGCAAUUC